CAUUUUGCCAUUGGAUAAGAAAGCAUUCCUCAUAAAAAGGGAAGCAAGAACAACAACAUUCCCCACCAAGAAUGGACACCGUACUGAAUAAAAUAAGAGAGAUAUUUACUGGUACAGAGGAGGAGAACAAAGCUGAUUUGAGUAGCACCAGGGAUCACAAAAUACCAAAGACUCAAUCCUUUAAAGAGAAGAAAAAGGGAUCAAGUUGGUUGCAGAGACAAUUUUCAAGGAAAAUGAGUCAUGAUUAUGAGUCAAUUGAGCAUGUCACUGCAGUAGCUGCUGCUGCAUUUGCAAUCAACUCACAAGAGUUCUCAGAAAUCCCUCUGGAAAGGAGAAGGACUACGCCCCGCGAGAUCUCGCUGACAAGGAGUAAAAGCAAGUUGGAUGGUGCAAAAUCUCCAAUUUCGCUUCCUCCUCUUGCAUCCAAAACAUUGUCAGGUUCGUUUAGAUCCAAGAGUGAUCAAGGUGACAAGAUAAGUGAGCCACAUCAAAAGGUUUUCACCCCUCCGCCGCCACCACCACCGGCGAAAAAGAGUAGCAACCUUGGUGAUCAGAUCCAAGAAGAACCAAGAAGGCCUCCAACAUUGAAGACUUCUGAGCCUUUAAGGCCGCCACCACCUCCUCCUCCUCCUCCUCCUCCUCCACCACUUCCUUCUCCAUCUAGGAAGCAAAGCAUUAAAGAUACAAAAGCAGAUGAAUGGAAGAUAAAACAGCUCCAAAAGAUCAGAGAUAGGUAUGAGAAGUUAACGGAGACAAUAAAUUCCUGGGAAAAUCGGAAGAAACAAAAAGCCAAACAGAAGCUGGAUAAGCAUAAGCAAAGCAAAGAUAAGCAAAAAGAGGAGAAAGCGUUGAAGAAAUACGAAGAGAGGAUCAAGUACAUAAAAGAAAUCGCAUGGGCAGCAAGAAAAGAGGCAGAAGAAAGAAGAGCCAAAGAAGUACACAAAGUAAACGAGAAGGCCAUUACAAUUAGGACCACAGGGGAGCUUCCAAAAACAUGCUUCUGCUUCUAAUUAACAACACCAAUCAUAUGUCAAUACAAACACAUAUUAUACAUGUUUCACUUCUCAAUAUAUUCAUCAUUUGUUGUGAAUUUGUACAUAUAUUAUAUGCAUACAUACAAAGGCUUC